ACCAAAUGCCAAGAACAAGAUUCGUGAGAAGAUAUAAUUUACGCGAGAGAUAUAUGAAUGAAUUCUUUCGAUUUUCAACGUCGAAUUUCACUCUGACCUCAUUACUAUCACAUAUUUAUCCCAUCACUAUCCAAAAAAUAUUCCAUCAAAAAUCAUUUUUCUUUUAAAAAAUUCAACGUAAUCGAAUUCUCUUAAGAUUAUUCUCGCUUCUAUCAUCGCUUAGAUUAAUCGAAUGACUUUCAGAAGAACGUCACAAAGAUGUAAAUCGUCAGACGUAAUCGUCUUUAUGAAUUAAUGUUCACGGAUGUACAUGGACCUUUUCCUCGUAAAAGAUGGCAGCUUCGGCGUGACGAGCAUCAUUCUAGAAAUCAAUAUAGAAGAACAGAGAGAAAAAGAGAGAGGGAGGAGGAGAGAGAGAGAGAGAGAGAGAGAGAGAGACAGACAGAGAGAGAUCGCGAUAGAGGGCGGCUUCGGUGUUAUUAGUAGCGACGGCAGCGGUGGUGGUGCUGGUGUUACUGUUGUAAAAGCAUCCCCCAUGUAUGUCGUCGAGCAACCGUCAAAAGCGAGACGCGCACGGUUUUCGCGGUCACGUUGGCAAAUAGAGAAGAUGUCAUAGCCAUAGCAAGAAAUCAAAUAUCUUGGACGUAACCUUUCUUUACCCUCGUUCUUGAAUCCUUUCCUCGUCCUACUCACUCUCUCUUUCUAUUCGUUUCUUGCGUUCUUCGAUCGAGUCCUUCCCUUUGCCUGUCUGUCUACCUGCUUGUCUCUCUCUCUCUCUCUUUCUGUCUUCAUCUAUCUAUCUAUUCUACCUACCUACCUACCUAUCUACCUACCUACCUACCUACCUACCUACCUAUCUUUCUAUCUCGCUCGCUCGUUUGCCUCGACGUUCAACCCCCGAUGGUGAAUCAAUAAUUAAGGUGACAAAGUGCGGUGAUUGCGCGAUCGUGUUGGUCCAAGAUGUCGGUUAAGAUGACGAGGUAUAAACAAGCUGAGUUCGAGGACGAGGACAGCAGCAGCAUUGGGUCUGUGGCAUUAAAUAGCGAAGGCAUCAGCACUUCAGCCACGCACAUUAGAUACUAUUCGGGUACAACGUUAUGGAGAGCAAGGAAUACCUUAGAGAAAUCUCUUUUUAUAAUAUGUGCUUGUUUGCUAUUGAUGGUAACGGUACUGUCGAUAGUAAUCAGCGAUAAAGGCAGUUGGAACAAAGGAAAAUAUGUACAUGUCGGAGUUCACGGCGAUAAUGGUAGUCAUUGUCUCACGGAACACUGCGUGAAGAUGGCAGCGACGAUUAUAAACGCUAUGGAUCUUUCCGUGAAGCCAUGCGACGAUUUUUACGAGUAUGCCUGUGGAGGUUGGAUAAAAAAAAAUCCUAUGCCAGAUGGGAUGAGCACAUGGGGAAUAUUCGAAAAUAUGGAGCAGCGAAAUCAAGUCGCGAUUAAAAACGCACUCGAGAAGCCUUUUAACGAAAUGAAAUCUAAAGCGGAGAGAAAAGCAAAGAAUUAUUAUAUAUCGUGUAUAGACGCUAAUGGGACCAUCGAGGCGUUGGGAGCUCAGCCUUUGCUCAAUCUUUUGGAUACUAUCGGCGGUUGGAAUAUAUCCGGUAACUUCAGCAUCGAACGUUGGUCUCUACAAAAUAGUAUGCAGAUAUUGCAAAACGUUUAUAACAUGGGCGGAUUGUUCUCUUGGACGGUAAAUGAGGACGAUCGUAAUAGUAGCAGAUACAUAAUUCAGAUUGAUCAAGGCGGGCUCACUUUACCAGCGGUAGGUAAUUACCUGAACGUGAGCGAGGAUGAUAAAAUAUUGACGGCUUGCUUGGAAUACAUGACGAAGAUAGGCGUGUUACUCGGAGGAGAGGAGAAUUCGACGAGGCAACAGAUGCGGGACGUGAUAACUUUCGAGGUGAGAUUGGCGAACAUUACGACGCCUCAGGAGGAACGUCGGGAUGAGGAGAAGAUCUAUCACUUAAUGUCUUUGAGCGAAUUACAACGCAAGGCGAACUUUAUAUCAUGGGUGGACUUCUUCCAAAAUGCAACGCGUAUAGUUAACAAGAAGAUAAAUAGCAAGAUGAUGAUCGUUAAUUUUGCUCCUGAUUAUUUCGCUAAGUUGACGAACCUGGUGCAAGAGUAUAAUAAGACGAACGAAAAGAAAAUAAUACUGAAUAACUAUCUGGUUUGGCAGACCGUGAGGUCCGUGACGACGUUUCUUUCGAGGCCUUUUCGCGAUGCUUACAAGAUCUUGAGGAAAGUUCUUGUUGGCACAGAAGGGAGGCAAGAGCAAUGGCGCUAUUGUGUUAGUGAUACAAACAAUCAGAUGGGAUUCGCGAUUGGUGCUAUGUUCGUCAGGGAAGUGUUUCACGGGAAAAGUAAACCCAAGGCGGAACAAAUGAUCAAUGAGGUACGCCGAGCUUUUACGAAGAAUUUGAAGAAUCUUCAAUGGAUGGACGCUGAGACAAGAAAAGCAGCAGAGGAAAAGGCUAACGCGAUCACUGAUAUGGUCGGUUUUCCAGACUAUAUUCUAAAUCCUAGAGAUCUCGAUGAGCGAUAUAGAGAUCUUUUGAUUAAGCCAAACGAAUACUUCCAAAAUAAUAUAAGAGUGAACAAAUACUCUUUAAAGAAAACUCUCGAGAAACUCGAUCGACCGGUAAACAAGUCCACUUGGAUCAUGGCCCCGUCGAUGGUGAAUGCUUAUUACACGCCAACGAAAAAUCAAAUCGUAUUUCCCGCUGGAAUCCUUCAGAGUCCUUUCUAUGACACGCAAAAUUUCGAUAGUCUUAAUUAUGGUGGCAUUGGUGUCGUUAUGGGUCACGAACUUACCCAUGCUUUCGACAAUCAAGGUAGGGAAUACGAUUUUCAUGGAAAUUUGAAUAGAUGGUGGAACAAUAAUACGAUAGAUAAGUUCAAUAAUAGAACUGAAUGCUUUGUGGAACAGUACAAUACGUACGAGGUACAAGGUCGUCACGUAAAUGGACGUCAAACUUUAGGAGAGAAUAUCGCCGAUAAUGGCGGACUCAAGGCAGCGUACCACGCUUAUUUAGCAGCGCUUAAAUCCGAGAAGGACCACUUGUCAUUUCCUGGUCUGAAUUUAACGCAUCGUCAAUUGUUUUUCGUUAAUUUUGCCCAGGUAUGGUGUUCUGCCGAAACUAUUGAAUUGACAAAUCUCCAAAUCGAAAAGGAUUCUCAUUGUCCAUCGAAAUAUAGAGUAAUAGGACCUCUGACAAACAUGAUUGAAUUCUCAGCAGAAUUCGAUUGUCCAAUAGGCUCGAAGAUGAAUCCGGAGGAGAAAUGCGAAGUUUGGUAAUGCUCUGGAAUUAGGAGCGAUUCAAAAAACGAGUCGAUCUCGUUCGAUGGAAUCUUCCUUGCUGUAUGUAACGCUAUGCGAAUAGAUCGUUGAACUUUCUUUUAGAAAAAUAUCUUUAAUGUCAAUCGUGAAAAAUUCGUCUUAACGCGGAUUUGCUGAAUUCGUGUAGCUUCUAUGUAUCACCGUCAGGAUCAUCGAUAAUAAGGUCGAUAGUUCUUUUUUUUGCGAAAUUUUUCAACGAGAAAGUUAUGAGCGGUCUCGUAAGAAAUAUUAAAAAUUACGAAAAAUCUUGUAAUUUUGAAAUAUGUAUAUAUAUAUAU